AUGGCAAUUCCCUCGGACCCGAAGCUCAAUGGCUUCGAUAUUAUCCAGACCAACUAUAAGUCCGUUGGCAACCAUGGCAUUCGCACUGAUAUCUUGAUUCCGCAAACUGAGUACGCUGGCGCAAGACCAUUGAUUGUCCGCGUCCAUGGCGGUGGCCUGAUGAUGGGUGACUCCCUAUACAUGGACUGGUGGCCACACUGGGUCUCCGACCUCGCCAUCCAAAAGAACGCCAUCAUCAUCAGCCCCAACUACCGCCUGCUUCCAGAAGCGACUAGCGCCGACAUCUACGCCGACCUAGAAGAUUUCUGGACAUGGCUACACUCCCCAGCUCUCACCAACCUCCUAGCAAACCACAAAACACCCACAAAGCUCGAUCUCGACCGUAUCUUCGUCACCGGUGAAUCUGCCGGCGGCCUGCUCAGUUUGUACCUAACGCUCACACAUGCAGAUGAAAUCCGCGCGGCCUCAUCUGCAUAUCCAUGUGUGGCUCUAGAUGCGGACUCAUUCAUCAAAUCCCGGGCUAACCCGCCAUUCGGAAGUAAUUUCCCGGAAUCAAUGGUUGAGGAGAACUUCAAGGCUGCGGUGCUGGGCACUUCUAAGUCUUCUAUCACGUCGGGAGAAAGUCUAACGUUUAUGCUUGGUGCUGUCCAGCAUGGAUAUCUUUCGAAGUAUUAUCGGCGUGAUGCUGAGGGUGUUGCAAAGGAGGUGUUGUAUCCCAUGGCUCGAUUGGAGAGUCCUGAUUUUAAGAUUCCACGUGGUGGAAUUGCGAUGCUUCAUGGGCGGCAGGAUAGUGUUGUGCCGUUGGGGGAUGUUGAGUUGUUUGUGGAGCGGGCCAAUGAGGUUCUUAAAACGAGAUCGGGUCAGGACGCAGGUGUUACUUUGACUGUGAGGGAUGGUGAGCAUGGCUUUGAUGGGCCGGUUCGGCUUGAGGAGGUGUGGCUUCAGGAUGUUAUGCGCAGGGCUAUUAGUGUUUGGGUGGAAUAA